CUGACACUCUUGGGCAGUUGCCAUGCCCAGUGUUGAGGGGAAGUAGCCAGCUCAAAACUGGCUGUCAUGAAGAAUUCUAUUUAAAAGUUUAAUGCCUUUCUCAAGACAAUUUUCUUCAGUGUCCCUGGGAACAUUUGAUUGUCUUUAGAACAGACCAGCCUGCAUUGACCAGAAAGCGUCACAUACUGAGACAUGUACACUAUUUCCCAAAUUCAACAUGAAUGCGUAGGUUAACGGCUAUUGGCUGCUUAGAUCCGCUUCAGACCAGCCCUGCAUUGAAAUCAAAAACUAGAGCAGCCCGUUGUGUGCCUCUGCCUCUCCCAGCCUUUGGUACCGUGCCAUCUUGGAGCCGACAGCAUCCAAAGCUCAGCGUACAAACAGCCAGUGUGUGCAUGUAGAGAUAGAGAUGCCCCUGGGUAUGCUUUGGUGGCAUUUACACAGCACGGGAUGGUGGUGGGUACAUUUGCAUGCCCUCUUUGGGUUUACAGAGAGGGAAACCCUUUCUUUGCACAAAACACUUACUAUGCAUUUGUGCUUAUCAGUGUGAAGAAUAAUGCACCCCCACAGUAUGCUGAUAUUUGUACACAGUAAAUGUGUGCGAUACACUCAAUCCACACCCUGAUGCAGAGCAGAACCGCUUUCCGCGUGUGCUCAUGCACACUGGCACUCAUACAGCGCCGCCCCCUCACGCCUCCCCCUCCUACCUCGCACUCCCCCUCCCUCCUCCUCUCUCUUUCUUCCCCCUCCAUUCCUGUCCUUCUCUUCCUUCAGAAGGGAAGAAGCUUUGCCACAGACCUUCCCUUCUCCCCCCUUUUUUUUGCUCCAGUGGGGUGGCUGAAAAAGGGCUUCAGCAGCAGCAGCAUAAUACCUAAACAGCAAGCCUCCCCCAAAAAACUCGCCAUCAUGACCCCCCUGGGGGAUGAUGUCUGAGUCCCUGUGGACAGCGCUCUCCAAUUUCUCUAUGCCCGAUUUCCUUGACAGCAGCAUGUUUCGCCGCACAAAAAGCUGCCGAACCAGUAACAGGAAGAGCCUGAUCCUGACAAGUACGUCGCCGACGCUGCCCCGGCCUCACUCUCCGCUCCCAGGUCAUAUUGGUAGCAGCCCUCUGGACAGCCCUCGGAACUUCUCCCCAAAUACACCAGCCCACUUCUCCUUUGCAUCUUCUCGCAGGGCAGAUGGACGGCGUUGGUCUUUGGCUUCCCUGCCCUCGUCCGGAUAUGGAACCAACACUCCCAGCUCCACUGUAUCGUCAUCCUGCUCCUCCCAAGAGCGCCUUCACCAGCUGCCUUAUCAGCCCACUGUGGAUGAGCUGCACUUCCUUUCCAAGCAUUUUGGCAGCACUGAAAGCAUCACUGAUGAUGAUGGCGGGCGGCGGUCUCCCGCAGUCCGGCCCCGGUCCCGGAGCCUCAGCCCGGGCCGGUCUCCUUCUUCCCAUGACAAUGAGAUAGUAAUGAUGAACCAUGUUUACAAAGAACGAUUCCCCAAGGCCACGGCGCAAAUGGAAGAGAAGCUGAAGGAUUUCAUCAGGAGCUAUGAACCAGACAGCGUGUUGCCUUUGGCCGAUGGGGCACUGAGUUUCAUCCACCACCAGGUCAUUGAGUUGGCCCGAGACUGUUUAACCAAGUCCCAGGAUGGCCUCAUCACCACUGUUUACUUCUACGAGUUGCAAGAAAACAUGGAGAAGCUGCUGAAAGACGCCUAUGAACGCUCAGAGAGUGAGGAGGUGACAUUUGUCACUCAACUAGUGAAGAAGCUGCUGAUCAUCAUCUCACGUCCAGCCCGCUUACUGGAGUGCCUGGAGUUUAAUCCUGAGGAGUUUUACCACCUCUUGGAAGCUGCUGAGGAUCAUGCCAAAGAGGGACACCUAGUGAAAACGGACAUCCCUCGCUACAUCAUCAGCCAGCUGGGACUCACCCGAGACCCCUUCCCAGAUGUGCUGUAUGUGGAGGAGCACGAUAGCGGAGGAUCCAACACACCUGACACAGAGGAAUUUGCCGAGAGUCGUGGGACUACUCCAAAGCCAAAAAAGCCACCAGGAGAAGGAGACUUCGAAACGAUCAAACUUAUAAGCAAUGGGGCAUAUGGAGCUGUGUACUUGGUACGGCAUAAAGAGACCCGGCAGCGUUUUGCCAUGAAGAAGAUUAACAAGCAGAAUCUCAUCUUGCGCAACCAGAUCCAACAAGCUUUUGUAGAACGUGACAUCCUGACAUUUGCAGAGAACCCUUUCGUGGUCAGCAUGUUUUGCUCUUUUGAGACCAAGCGCUACCUCUGCAUGGUCAUGGAGUAUGUUGAAGGUGGGGACUGUGCCACGUUGUUGAAGAACAUAGGAGCCCUGCCAGUGGAGAUGGCCCGCAUGUACUUUGCUGAGACUGUCCUUGCCUUGGAGUAUUUGCACAACUAUGGCAUUGUUCACCGUGACCUCAAGCCUGACAACUUACUCAUCACCUCUAUGGGACACAUCAAGUUGACUGACUUUGGUCUCUCCAAGAUGGGGCUGAUGAGCCUUACCACCAAUUUGUACGAAGGUCACAUUGAAAAGGAUGCCAGGGAGUUCCUAGACAAACAGGUUUGUGGGACUCCAGAAUAUAUUGCUCCUGAAGUGAUCCUCCGCCAAGGCUAUGGGAAGCCAGUGGACUGGUGGGCUAUGGGCAUCAUCCUGUAUGAGUUCCUGGUGGGCUGCGUACCUUUCUUCGGAGACACUCCCGAGGAGCUCUUUGGUCAAGUCAUCACUGAUGACAUCUUGUGGCCAGAAGGGGAGGAGGCACUUCCAGCCGACGCUCAGCAUCUCAUCUCCUGCCUCCUGCAGACAAACCCCCUUCUCCGUCUGGGGGCAGGUGGUGCUUUUGAGGUGAAACAACACUCGUUUUUCAAAGAUCUGGACUGGAAUGGGCUUCUGAGGCAGAAAGCAGAGUUCAUCCCCCACUUAGAGUCCGAAGAAGACACCAGCUACUUUGACACUCGCUCCGAUCGUUACCACCAUAUUAACUCAUACGAUGACGAGGACACAACUGAAGAUGAACCUGUGGAGAUACGGCAGUUCUCAUCUUGCUCUCCCAGAUUCAGCAAGGUGUACAGCAGCAUGGAGCACCUAUCCCAGCAUGAGCAGAAGACCCCCAGCGUCACCAAGCGGGACCAGAGCAGCAAGCACAAGGAUGAGAAAUUGGGCAAACGGGAAAGCCUGGGCAGUUUCACUCUUCGAGACAAAACCUGGCGUACCAACUCCCCAGAAAUGAAGCGACUCUCUGCCUCAGAGUCAUCAUACACCGAGAGUGAUUCGAGCCCCCCACUGGGUGCACGUCGGCGCUUUUCUGCCCUGAUGGACACCAACCGUUUUGCUGUGCCUUUGGAGAGUGAGAGUGAGACCCUUGGCAAGGGGCCUACAAAGGCUCCGGCAGAAAAUGGGCCCACGGGACCUUCGUCCCAGACUGAAAGCAAGGAGAACAAAGAGGGAGCAACUGGAGAAACUGUACCGUGCCCUGCCCCUGUGGAGACUGACAUAGGCGAUAAAUCAAAAGCGGGUGAGCCACAGCCCCUAAAGGAGCUUGACCCAUCAGCCCCCAAAGCUACCAAUGACUUGGUGCUACGUCGGGCUCGGCACCAACAGCUCUCAGGGGACUCCACGGCUGAGAAGCGCAGCUCCCGCACAGGGGGCAAGGUCAUCAAAUCUGCCUCAGCUACUGCGCUGUCCGUCAUUAUCCCCACAGUGGAACAACACAGUAGUUCCCCGCUGGCCAGCCCAAUGUCUCCCCGUUCGCUGUCAUCCAAUCCUUCAUCUCGGGAUUCUUCACCAUCACGGGACUAUUCACCAGCUGUAACAAUCCUCCGCUCGCCCAUUACUAUCCAGCGUUCAGGGAAGAAGUAUGGCUUCACGCUGCGUGCUAUCCGGGUGUACAUGGGUGACAGUGAUGUCUAUAGCGUGCACCAUAUUGUCUGGCAUGUGGAGGAAGGCGGACCAGCUCAUGAGGCAGGUUUAUGUGCCGGAGACCUCAUCACACAUGUCAACGGAGAGCCAGUGCAUGGGCUUGUGCACACUGAGGUGGUGGAGCUCAUCCUGAAGAGUGGAAACAAAGUGAUGGUGACUACUACACCCUUUGAAAACACCUCCAUCCGGAUUGGGCCAGCUCGUAAGAGCAGCUACAAGUCCAAAAUGGCCCGGAGGAACAAACGGAGCACCACCAAAGAUGGCCAGGAGAGUAAGAAGCGAAGCUCCCUCUUCCGCAAGAUCACCAAGCAGUCAAACCUACUGCACACCAGCCGCAGCUUGUCAUCUCUGAACCGCUCGCUCUCCUCCAGUGACAGCUUGCCUGGUUCGCCCACUCAUGGCUUGAGUGCCCGCUCACCCACCCAAAGCCUGCGCUCCACACCAGACUCUGCCUACCUAGGUAGCAGACCUGAAGGUGCCUCUUCGCAAAGCAGUUCCCCAGCCUCCAGCACACCCAAUUCGCCAGCCACUUCAUCCCAUCACAUGCGGCCAAGUACUCUUCACGGCCUGUCUCCCAAACUACACCGCCAGUAUCGCUCUGCCCGCUGCAAGUCAGCUGGAAAUAUCCCACUCUCACCCCUGGCGCACACGCCUUCCCCCACUCAGUCUUCCCCACCGCCGUUGCCCGGCCACACUGUGGGAAGCUCCAACACCACACAGAGCUUCCCGGCUAAGCUCCACUCCUCGCCGCCUGUGGUCCGGCCCCGUCCCAAGAGCGCUGAGCCCCCUCGCUCUCCACUUCUGAAGCGGGUACAGUCGGCCGAGAAGCUCGGCUCCCCGCUCAGCUCCGAGAAGAAGGUGGUGGUGAGGAAGCACAGCCUAGAGGUGGUGCACUCUGAAUAUCGCAAAGACUUCUAUGGCGAGCCGGGUCUCCACAGCCUUGCCGAGUCAGAUGGCGAGAGCCCCAGUGAAUCAGGAACUCCUAAGCCUCUGGCCACCCGGCGCUUGGGCCGGCAGGAAUCCCCACUUAGUUUUGGGGUAGGAGAUGGAGAGGCAGCUGCCACUGAGACCAGCACCAAGACAAGGGGACCAGAAGGUCUGGCUGGGGACUGCCGACGGAGCCAAGCGGUGCAGACAGAGGAGGCAUUUUCAGGAGCAAAUCGAACCCUGGCAAAGGCCCUGAGCCCUGUCCAAGAGCACGAACAAGGACGGAAGGGCAGUGCGGAGGCAGAGAUGGCCCCACGGGGACCCGUCCCUAUUGUGCUGGAGCCCAAACAAAGCCAGGAGCUCAGCCCCCCAAGGAAACUGGGUAUAGAGCACUCCCAGGACAAGGCUGGCUCACCCAAGGAGAAGUGGAUUCUGGAGGUGGUGGAAGAGCAUACCACCCUGGGAACCUGCGCCAAGACCCCCAGUUGCCUGUGCCCAGAAGGGACCAAGAAUGGACUGAAGCGAGGCUCAGCAGAGGCCAAGGGGAAACGGGGAAAAGAAGAGGUGCCUGUAUUGGGAUCAGGGAGCAAGUGUGCAGGAGACACACCUCGGCCUUCCCCCCCUACUCUAGAAAAAAAGGGGGCGGCACACUGAAGGUUUGCCUUUCUCACUGUACUGACCACCAUGACUACUGUCCUAGACCACCACCCUCAUCUUUGCCUUCCAAUCUCAGUGGUGGUCGUGGCAGUGAGAGCCGCAGCAGUGUAGGUAGGCUAGCAAGUUCCUACCCCAUUGAAGCUGGAACAAGCGGGUCCUUCAAGCCCUCUGUAAAUAUGAAGGGCAGAGGCAACAACACUUUCCCUGAUGCCCUGGCCAUCUUCCCUUCCCACACCUACAAAGGGCAUGUCCGGUGGGUUAGGCCAUGUAAAGUAUCUAUACAUAAUUCUCACUAUAUAUAUUAUAUUAUUUAUAUAAAUAUAUAUAUACAUAUACAUAUAUAUAUGAACAAGACUACUCUAUACAUGAAAAGGUUAAAACUGUGAUCACACCCACCCCAAAGUCUAUUCCUAGCACUUCAGGUUACUCCUUGAAGUGUGUUGGAUUUUUUUUAACGGGGAGGGAAUGGAUAUUUAGGGAAAAGUGCAUAGAAGUGAAAUACAUAUACCAAGUUAACUUUGAAUGCAGAAGAUUUUGCGGAAUUCACAAAGUGCAAAACAAACAGACAAACCCCAGUUGUCAUCCUUGUUGCAUCUGGAUUGUUGCAUGCAAGGUUUUUUGCAUGCAAAAGGGAUGCGCAGCUCUUCAUGCAAAUUUGUCAUUGAUCCAUUGGGAUCCGGAUGUGGCAGUCCAGGGAGGUGACAGGCAAACUUUUGUGGCAUUGCCCGGCUGGUGUCAUGGCAGCUGCAAACAAACAACCUUCACAAGUAAAGAUGGGCCCCACCCUGCCUUGCUUACAUCACAUGUGGCAAGCGAGCUCAUUUUUUCCCCUUCUUUGUGUUUAGUGAGAUGAAGAGAGUCAGAAUCCUUGAAUUCGUUAUUUUGCUUUUCUGAUUACAUCCCCUCGAGCGAACAAUUUCAACGUGGGUUAGAGCUUUCUAGCAAAGGAAAUUGCUCAUCAGCCAAUUCCUGGGAUUGUAACCCUUUCUCAGACUAAAUCAGAGCCAGGUUGUGUUCAUGCACAAAGGGGGGAAAUUCUACCAGAGGCUGCCUUAAUCAUAAAAUCAAGGUCGAUGUGGCGCAAGAUGAAAGGUGGAUGAAAAGGGAUCUGACCCAAUGAGCACGACCUUAUGGGACACUUAUCAAUGGCAAGCUCCCCAGUGCAGUGCAUGCUGUGUCAACUUCUCAAGUGGUGGAUGGAUGAUGCCAUGUGGGUUUUCCAUUUUAGGCACACAAAACGCCUUGGGUUGAUGCUUGUCCAUACUUUGCAUGCAGACAGGUUUGAUUUUUGCUACACACCCCCAGGUAAAAGGAAGCGGGAAGUGGGAAAAGCUCCUCUCCACCUGAGACCCUGGAGAUGCUUCCAGUAAGAGGUCUUUCAGGUUAAUGGUCUGACCUGGUAUGAGGCUGCCUCCUCAGAGAGGAAUUGUAUCUCAUGGCAGUGACUUGUUUUUGCAUUGUGAUGGCUGCCAGGCACACUUUUCUGCAGAUGCAGCCUUUGUGAGCAGGCUAUCCUCAUGUUGUGAUUUUGGAUACUGAUGGAAAACUUGUUUAUUGAAGGGGAAAGGUGUGCAGUACUGCAGCCUGAACUCAUGGUGGAGCACAAUUUGAAGUGCAUUGCAACCCCAUUUUAGAGGAGAAAGCCAUUUUCCAGAAUAUAUAUAUCCUUUCCCUUUGUUGUUUGGAAAGCUUGUAGGAGCUUGCCUGGGAUACUCAAUGGUCUCCUGGAAGAAGCUCAAGUAGAGCAGCCAUGAAUAGGAGAAAGCCAGGGACGUAGCCUCAGAGCUGCUGCAUCAGAUGACCUGUCUUAGCCUCUGGGUAUGUGCAUGACCCUUACUAUGUAGAACUGGUGUGGCAGACUUGGCUCUUGAGGGCUAGAGCUCACACCAGGAGAAAGGUGAAAUUACAGUAUACUCCCAAGAGCAUGCAAUAAAGAUGCGUGUGUGGCAGGUUUAUGGCGAGCAGCAUUCUCACACUGAUUGUGUUAGCAGAGGUGGGUGUUCCUUUCCAGUGAGUGCUGUGCUGCCAAGUCUUGCUUUUGUGACAUUCCUGUUUGUGGGCAGUGAUGUCAUCCUGCAUGAUGAUGCUGUAAAUUGUCAGUAUCACUAUUGUAUCUAGGCAUACAACCACGAUCUUAGAGCAGGUCUACUGUUGUUCGGUAGUGUGGUCCACCAUACUGGAGUUGUCAGGUUUCCAGAGGGAGAGAUCCCCAGAUACGGAGUAGCUUAGCAAACUGGGGAACAGCAGGGCUUCAUCCACUUCUUUACAGCCCUUGUCUAAUUCUAACAAAUACGGGGAUGAAAGGUGUCACAGCUGGUUAGACCACUGAGCUGCUGAAUUUGCUGACGGAAGGGUCAGUGGUUCGAAUCCAGGGAGUGCGGUGAGCUCCUGCUGUUAGCCCCAGCUUCUGCCAACCUCACAACAUGUGAAUGUGAGCAGAACAAUAGGUACUGCUCUGGCAGGAAAGUAACGGCACUCCAUGCAGUCAUACCAGCUUUGGAGGUGUCUAUGGACAAUGCCGGCUCUUCAGCUUAGAAAUGGAGAUGAGCACCACCCCCAAGAGUCGGACAAGACUAGACUUAAUGUCAGGGGGAAACUUUACCUUUACUGUCCAUUAGAAGUACUAUUGAGAAAAAUUACACCACCUUGAUUCUGCUAUUUUACCGUGAAGUUUUACUUCUUGGCCUGGAGAACCUGAGAGAGGAUAUAAAACCUCUGAAAUUUUAGAUUGAAUGCAGAGGCCUAACAGCCCUGCUGCAAAUGGCAAAGUUGUAUCAUAUCCAUUUGGAGUGAAGCAAAUGUGGUCUUGAUGGCAGUAUCACAACACUGAUACAGCUUCUGCUUGGGCUGUCUCCUUUUCCACUCCCAGCCCAGUUGCCUCUGAAGGGAGAGGGAUUCUCUAUGCAAUCAUUACCUGACAGGCAGAGGUUCCUUGUCCCUCUCCUCCCUCUCUUCCGCCUUUUAUUCCUAUUAUCCUGCAACAAAACCCCUUGUUAGCCAACCCUUCAUUGUGAUAAAAUGUGCUUGUUUUCCUGAAGAGAGCCAAUCUGCUGCUGGAAAAUAAUAGCAUCCAGGUGGAGUACCAUUGAAAUGUCCACUGUGGUCAGAUGAGACUGUCUUAACUUUGAGAUCUCAUAACCCACCGGCUCAUCUGUCCUUCAGCCAAGCCAAGUGCAGCCCAUCAGGGGCUUGAGCCGUCUUCUUUUCCUACCUGCUUGGAUGCAAAAAUGAGCCAUGAAGCACCUGCAGUUAUAGAGUAAGUGGUUCAGCUUGUUGAGGUUCAAGUCACAGGAGCUGCCCUGGUUCAACCCAUAUCUGUUUUCCUUCUAAAAGCCUAUGACAUCUGGUUCCAUGGUUAGACGUUGUGUUUGCUGUAGAUGUGACUUCAAAAGCAGCGAAUACAGUGGGCCCUUGGUAUCUGUUGAGGUUUGGUUGCAGGCCCCCGUGAAUACCAAAAUCUUGUGGAUGCUCAAGUCCCAUUAUAUACAACGGUGUAGUAAAAUGGUGUCCCUUAUAUAAAAUCAAGCUCUGAUGUUUGGAUUUUGGGGGGGUGGGAUGGGUGGGAUUAUUUUCAAGCCGUAAAUGGUUAAAUCUGUGGCUACAGAAUCUGUGGAUUCAAUGGGCUGACUGUUUGUGUUUGUGAAGACCAUAAUUCUUGAACUGUGGUGGGGCAGACGGGCAGACAUGAUUUGGGAGGACAUUUUAUUCUGCAACAUUCUUGUUAUUCCCCAAUCUGGAGCUGGCAAACCCAUCAUUUAAAUGGAGGAAGUUGCUUGGAAAGCCGGAGGAAACCCCCAAUCACAACAAGUUCUCAUCCAAGUCUGCAUACUUUGCAAAGGAGAACAUUGCUCAAGUAUUCUGACAUCUGCGACACCUUGUGUCGGUUUCGAUGAAGGUACAUGACCCACUUCCCACCACAAGCAUAAAGGAAGCGGGCAGCCACAUAACCUGAAGAGUUGUCUUCUGGGCCAUCAAAUCUGUCUCUGGGCUUAUUAAGGCAGACAUGUCAUGUUAAUAAAACAACCUGUACAGCA